AUGGCAUCCUGGCAACCACCGUCCGACUACCGCAAACGCCCCGUUGCGGUCCUUGGGGGUGGUGUUCUCGGGCGCCGGAUUGGAUGCAUCUGGGCAUCUGCAGGAUAUGAUGUUAACAUUCGUGACCCGAGUUCCCAGCAACGCGCCGACGCCAUCGCCUACAUUGAAGAAAAUGUCCAUUCUUACGCAAAGAAAACACAAAAAGCCCCCGGUGCCACUCAAGCAUUCGAUGCGCUACAGGAUGCAGUGAAAAACGCAUGGCUCGUUAUCGAAGCCAUUCCGGAAAAAAUCAACUUCAAGAUAGACACCUUUGCAGAGCUCGCAGCUGUUGCUCCGACAGACUGUAUACUUGCAUCCAAUUCUUCCUCUUACAAAUCAUCGGAGAUGCUGCAAAAGGUUCCUGACGAAGCCAGAGCUCGCAUACUGAAUAUGCAUUACUAUAUGCCCCCUCAGUGUAUGAUCGUGGAACUUAUGACUGACGGACAUACUGCCGAGGAUAUAAUUACGUUCCUGGUUCAACGGUCGAAAGAAGCUGCAACUCUGCCUUAUGUCGCUAGGAAGGAGUCCACCGGCUUCAUCUUCAAUCGGAUAUGGGCGGCCGUCAAGCGCGAGAUAUUGACGAUCCUGGCUGAGGGGGUCUCUGUUCCAGAAGAGAUCGACUCAAUGUGGACAGAGAUGUUUAUUAAGAGCGGAGUAAUCCCCUGUCGCAUGAUGGACAAUGUCGGACUUGACACUGUUGCCUUUAUUGAGCAACACUACAUUGAUGAGCGUGGCCUUUCACCAGAAAAGACAGUCGACUUUCUGCGGAAGAACUAUCUCGACAACGGAAAACUCGGUGCGAAAUGCUCGAAGGGUGGCCUAUAUCCCCCAGAAGGAAAGGAUGCGUCCACAGCAGGCCGUAGGAUAAUAGCCUUGGAUAUCGGGCUAUCCGCAGAAAAACCAACGACUACAUCUGGAGAGAUCCUGGAGCUGAGCACAGAUGGCAAAAUACAACGCGUUCUUGCUAAGAACCAGUCUCUACCAGAUGGAAUUGACGUUGACUAUGAGAGUGGACGCAUGUUUUGGACAUGCAUGGGCGUCCCAGGAAAUAACGAUGGAACUGUGUACUCCGCUGGUGUGGAUGGCACUGAUAUCAAGACUAUCGUUGCCCCUGGUGGAGCUAAUACACCAAAACAAUUGGCUUUGGAUAGAACCGCAAAGAAGAUUUACUUCUGUGACCGUGAAGGGCUACGGGUUUUCCGCUGCAAUUACGACGGCUCCAACCUGGAAACUUUGAUCAAGAAUGGAGACUGGGAGAACGACGAAGAGCGCAACGAUGGACGGAAGUGGUGCGUAGGCGUCGCUGUGGCACCGAAGCUGGGAAAGUUCUACUGGACUCAGAAGGGAUUUUCCAAAUCCGGAAAAGGUCGUAUAUUCUCUGCGAAUAUCGAAACUCCUUCAAACCAGGCAGCAUCAUCGCGAAGUGACAUCGAAUGCAUCCUUAGUGGGCUUCCGGAACCCAUUGAUCUCGAAGUAGACGAGGAGUCUCGCACACUCUACUGGACCGAUCGUGGAGAAGUCCCUUUGGGCAAUGCUUUGUAUAGAACGAAGCUGGACGCCGAUGGCUCGCUGAUAGGUAUCUCUUCAUCACAGAAAUACGAGGUUAUCACACGGCACAUGAAAGAGGCAAUUGGACUGAAGCUGGACCACGAAAACCGUUGUAUCUAUUUGACGGAUCUUGGUGGAAACAUUUACAGGUACCAUCUGGAUGGCGGGGCUAAGGAGAAGAUACAUUCAGAUGAUUACAGGGCCUUCACCGGUAUCGCUCUUUUGUAG